CAGACACACAUCACCUUCAGUCAAUCCCAAUGAAUCACAUCUUGGACGCAAAAUGGUUACCAAAGCUAGCUCGAGCAUAACCCUGACCCUAACGCCCGCUGUUGACAGCGAUAAUAUAUCUGGUCUCGACGUCACAUUGGUUCUUCAAUCCCCAGACAAAGCAGCUGGCGAGCCAGUUUUCCUCUACAAUAGACGAGACAAUGGCACAGGAGCGCCAUCGCAUGAAUACCAUCUGUCGAGUAUCAAGGCCUACGACAGCCAAGGCCACUUCCCCAUCAACAUAGUCGACAACCCCAGCGACGCAAACCUGCAGGAAUGGCACGGUUUGCGCAACACGGAGGGUGACUUAUCGCUCCAUCUCCACGUACAGCCUGUACAGGUCACUGCGAAGGAUCACAGGAGAUCCAUUGUUCCUCUUGGUCUCGAUUUCGGUAGAGCAGAGCUAUUGGAAGACCAAGGGGGGCUGAUGGGUGCUGGAAAGUGGUUUAUCCCACGACCAGCCGCUGACCUAGAGAUCCUAUACCGGAUCACAGUGCAGUGGGAUACUUCCUCCUCGCCUCCGGGAACACGGGCGGUUUGGAGUCACGGGGAAGGACCCGAGCCCGUUACCAAAGAAGGCACUGUCGACAUGCUGCUGGAUUCUGUCUACAUGGUCGGGCCGGUUCAGAGCUUUCCCGCACGUGUUGACGCCAUGACCGGAGAUGCUUCUCCCAACGCCGGUUCGACCUUCUGGUUUGGCAAACUUCCGACGAAUCUCGAGAAGUUAUCCGAAUACAGUAGCAAGAUCUUCCCUAAUAUUUCGGCAUUCUUUCGAGAUCCUCGAGGAAGCUAUCGAGCCUUCAUUCGCAAAGUUCCCAACGGCUUUGGUGGAACAGGGUUCCAGGCCAGCAGCUUGAUCGAGUACGAUUCUCAAGCGGAGGGCGUGUCUGACUUUGAUCUCGUGCGCCUCUUCAACCAUUUGAUGGUACGAUCAUGGGCCCGACUAGGCCCGCAAGACAACGGAUCCGAGGCUGAGUGGUUCUCGAAAGGUUUGGCCCUGAACUUCCCUCUGGCCCCGAUACAAGAUCAUCUAACCAACUCUUGCGUAGGCCUGUCCCAGAUGUACACCAUCUUCUUCCCCUACAGGUUUGGUCAAAGGGGUCCAGAUUACUUCCGUGCGACACUCAACGGGUUUCUGUCCGCGUACUACACCAGUCCUCGACUCACAGCGAGAUUAGGUCAAGGCCAGGUUUCCGCGCAGGUAGACUCCUACACCGCAUCAAUCCCCUACAACCGCGGCUGGAUCUACAUGCUCAAGAUGGAUUGCUACACGCGCCGCGCCUCUGUGCAAACGGAAGCAGGCGUGUUGAGGCCUCUCGAUGGAGUUGUUGGAGACCUUACCGAGAAGCGCCGAAGUGGCCUCAAAAUGCAAACAGUAGAUUGGUUGAAUGGGGUCGCGCAUUGGUUGGAUAUGAUUGAUGUUGCUGCAGCACCUUAUUUUCAGGACACCAUUAUGAACGGGAACCCCAUGUGGCUUGACGACAUGACGGAAGCUUUCGGUGCCAAGGAAGGCACUAGUCGCGUUGUCGAGGUUGACCAGGAGAUGUUGUGCUUUGGAUUCGAUGUGAUGAAGAGUCUGGAAAGGGGAGUUGUUUCUGCGAUUGAGCCUGGGUCAAGAGCAAAGCUCAGUGGGCUCCGGGAUGGUGACCGAAUUCUGCGUUUGGACGGAUUUGAAUUCUCCAUGCUCGGCCCAGAUCGCGAAGUCAAAGUUCUGGUGGAAAGGGAUGGCGAGACGCGCAGCUUUGAGUACUCCCCUCGACGGUUUGACAAGGUGCCUUGUUGGCAGGUUUUGAAGAUUGAGCCUGCAGGAACGUGAAGGAGAUUUGGAUCAGUCAGCCAGCCCC